AUGCUGUUCGCCGUUCUGUUGUGCCUCCUGGCGGCUCUUCUAACCUUUAUUGUAUCUUGUCGCUCUUCCCAAAGCCGGGAGAAGCCUCUCCCUCCGGGCCCGUCUAAGCUUCCUGUAAUUGGAAAUGUUCAUCAGGUUCCUCGAUUACAGUUCUGGAAAACCAUGGCGGAUUUUGUUGAUCGGUACGGGCCGAUCGUCAGUGUGAAACUGGGGCAGCAGCAGCUCAUCGUUCUGGGAAACCAAACGAUUGCCCGCUCUCUUCUGGACCGCAAGAAUACCAAAUACAACUCCCGGCCCCAUCUCAGAGUCGCAGAGAGAGCUUGGCUCGGGCCAAUGGUCGCACUCAUGCCUUACGGGCCCGAAUGGCGUACUUACCACCUGAUGCAGACAGCUGUCUUGAGCUCUCGUGCCGUUCGCCUCUACGACAAGAUCUACAGCACGGAAACCACCCAGCUGCUGCAUGACCUACUCUCUACCAACGACUAUCCACCUCGGAUCUACCGCUAUUCGUCCGGCCUCGCUUAUGCCGUGGCAUAUGGCAUGCGAAUGCCUCGCGGAGAUGAGUUUGAGAUUAGCGAGAUUAACGAGAUUGCCCUGAAAUUUUUCCUCGCCGCUCAGCCAGGCUACUGGUCGGUAGACGACUUCCCGUUCUUACGAUAUCUUCCCGGCUUUCUGACGCCGUGGAAGUCAUAUGCAGCCCAUGUCAAUCAGAUAAUCUCGGAUGGAUUUCAAAGGGCAUACAGUAAUGCGCUGCAACGAGACUCUUGGAGCUGGGCGCGAGUACUCGCCGAGCAAGAGACCCUGAGAGCCUUGCCAAAGGGCUCGAUAUCCUUCGUUGUUGGCGAGCUCUGGGCGGCCGCACAUUUCUCGUCCUCCAACAUGUUGGUUGCAUUGAUACGGUUGAUACUCUACCACCCGGAAGAGGUUCAAAGGGCCCAAGAAGAGCUGGAUAGCACGGUUGGAGUACAGCGACUGCCCCAGCUAGCCGAUCUGGACAACAUGCCGUACGUCAGAGCUUUCAUCCGCGAAGCCCUUCGAUGGCUGCCGAGCUCUGGAACCCCUCACGCCAGUACGGAGGAUGAUGAGUUCAUGGGGUACCGGAUUCCACGAGGCUCCAUGGUGGUUCCCCAUUAUUGGUUCGUGGAUAUGGAUUCAGACGUAUACAUGAAUCCCCUCAAAUUUCGGCCCGAACGAUUCGUCAAUGACCCGAAGCUGCCGCUGAGAACCUUCGGGUUCGGUAGUCGCAUCUGCACUGGCCAGUACUUUGCCCAAAAUUCCUUCUCCAUGGUCAUCAUGCGACUCCUGUGGGCGUACAACAUUCGCUUUCCGGACUAUGUCGAUACGGAAGCGGAGCCGAUUGGGCAGCUUGAGGCGCGGAUAUUUACGAUGAAUGAAAAACCCACUGAGGCCGUCUUCACGCCCCGCUCCGGUGCCCACAGAGAGCUCAUUGAACAGGCAUAUGCGAGUCUAGACAGCGUUGACGAUGCUCUCAAACCCCUUCAGAGCAUCAAAGUGAAUAUCCCGAAGAGUUUCUAG